UAAAAUUAACUCGCGCAGAGACAAAAGCUAGCAUAGCGUUUGAUAGGGCUAUAGCUAAGUUUACCCUGAAUUGGUAGAAGCUCUCGUGACCUGUAUAUUCGUUUGUUUUUCCACACACACAUACACACACAACGCAGUUUUAACUCAACAAUGAAUAAAUCAAGUUUCAAAUCAAGCGGUGAUGCAGAAGGACCUGAUAAAGUUGACAUGUCGCUUGAUGACAUUAUCCGGUUAAAUAAGAAGCAGAAGCAGAUCCAGGGCCAGAAGGCAGCACUGAGGAGGCAGAGACUCGGCGUUAAAGGACGAUUAGCAUCGGGGAGACGAGCGGGAGCGCCGCUGCACCGGGGAGGAGGAGUGAAUAAGCUGUUCAGGCGGCGCGGACAGGGCGUCAUCACCGGCCUCGCGGCGAAGAAAGCAGCGCUGCUGAAAGGCGUCAGUCCGUUAAACCGACCCGCACUGAACCGAGCCAACCCAAACAAACACAGCGCUAACCGAGCUCCUGCGAAACGUCCCGCUCUCUUCCAGAGAACACGUCCGUUUGUUCCUCAGCGCAGACACACACCCACGCAGACGCAGACUCAGAGGAGGCCGUACACGCAGACGGACGCUCGGAAAGCUCCGGGACGUGUCUCUAACAGACCCUUCAGGCUGCGCAGGAAAUGGAACGCUCCUCCGGUGAACGAGACACAGCGGGAGGCCCGUCAGGCUACGUUCCUCUCCAGAAGAGGCCUAAAGGUUCGUGCUCACGUGCAGAAGACAGCGCCGAUCCAAGCAGCUCAAAGGACACAGAGAACUCGACCGUGGCGCACUCCUCUGAACAGCAGUGGCAUUCUCACCGUGUCGAUAGAUAACCCCGGAGCCAGAACUCAGCCCGAACCUGCCCACUCGUGGUCGCUCCACCCGACCACGGUGACUCCGCCCCCUCAGAACACAGCACCGGAGCCUGAGAGGAAAAAGCCUAAAGGGGUGGCGCUGCAGUUCGACAUCAAUAGCGUGGGAAAACAGCAGACGGCCAUGACGCUUAACGAGCGCUUCCGCAUCCUGAAGAUGAAGCGCAUGGCGGCGGCACAGCAGAAUGCCAGAGGCGGCCGAUUCGUCACCGUAGGCUAGCAUCCGACUUGUGAAAGCCAAUCACGAAUGCUCAUCGAGGUCACAUGACUCCCUAGGCAACUUAUGCAGCAGCAAGCUGACAGCUCCGACCGAACCGGACUCGGCUGCUCUGACCGAACUGACUUGAUCCGAAGAGACAAACCCCCCUGCCCCCCACCCCAAAGUUCAGAAUACGGAUUUGACAGGAAUUCUUUCCGUGUUCUGCAUUUGGCAUUUUCGGUUCCUUUUUUUUUUUCUAAAGCCGGAGUUCCUGUGUUUCGCUUGCUUGUGUCAUGAGCUAUUCUUUUUAUGUUAAGCAAUAUUUUUUAAAAAAUGUUUGGUUAGUGCGUAUGGAACUUUUUGUUGGAACGGCUGGAUGUUUUUUUUUUAAUAAAAUUUGUGAAAAAUGAAAUAAACACCUUGUGAUAAAUAUCAGUACUGGUAUUUAACGUAUCAGGAUGAUGUUGGUGAAUUUAUCAGUACUAUAUCUAGGUACAGCAAAAUCCAGCUAGCUAAAAAUAUAAUACCAGCUACUAUAAAUAAAUUCACAGGCUGAAAAGAAAUAAUGUGUUUUAUAAUUUAAAAUAAAAAUAAAGCUUUUGUUUGUCGA